CAGAGCCCCCGGGCUGAACUACAGAGCCCCGGUACGCCGGAGGAUAAACAGAAUGUAUUUGCAAACUACUGGGCAGCCCAGGAUUCUGACCCCGCUGUCCUCCGUCCCACUCUCUAGCUCUCCUUCUGGAACUCUGGUGCCUGCGGCUAGGCUAGGCUCUGUCUCCGGUUGGGGCGUGAAGGGAAACGUUACCCGAACUGGGGCUGCAGCGUGGCCAAGUCCUAGCUUUAGGGUCCGGGGAGGCAGGGGCCGCAUCCAGCACAGAACCUGCUCUCCACCCGCCCCCCAAAACUCCCCAGUCUCGAUCUCAACCGGCGUUAAAAGCCGGUUCGGAGGUUUUCCGUUUCCCAAAGUGACUUCCGCCUCCGGGUUGACCUUUGCCGGAAGCAGUACAUGGAUGACGUUAAAGUGUUGCGCAGUAAGUGAUUCCGGAAGAAACAGGAGUGCAGCGUGAACAUGGGGAAGCAAAAGAAAACAAGAAGAUAUGCGACCAUGAAGCGAAUGCUUAGUCUCAGAGAUGAGAGACUUAAAGAAAAGGAUAGAUUAAAGCCUAAAAAGAAAGAGAAGAAAGAUCCCAGUGCGCUGAAGGAAAGAGAAGUCCCCCAACAUCCUUCCUGCUUGUUCUUCCAGUACAAUACACAGCUGGGUCCACCGUACCACAUCCUUGUUGAUACCAACUUCAUCAACUUUUCCAUCAAAGCCAAACUCGACUUAGUGCAGUCCAUGAUGGACUGUCUGUACGCCAAGUGUAUCCCUUGUAUAACUGAUUGUGUGAUGGCUGAAAUUGAGAAAUUGGGCCAGAAGUACCGAGUGGCACUGAGAAUCGCCAAGGAUCCACGAUUUGACCGACUUCCGUGCACACACAAAGGAACCUAUGCUGAUGACUGCUUGGUACAGAGAGUCACUCAGCACAAGUGCUACAUUGUGGCUACAGUUGAUCGGGACCUCAAACGAAGAAUCCGGAAGAUCCCUGGAGUUCCUAUCAUGUACAUUUCUAACCAUAGGUACAACAUUGAACGGAUGCCAGAUGAUUAUGGAGCUCCUCGGUUCUAAUUCUUACCUGACCACAUUCACCUGCGUUUCUUUACCAGCUUUCUCUGUUGUCAGUUAAUUAAACACACUUUCUGUUGUUUUUUUUUAUCAUUUGUCUCAGUUUUAAAAAUAACUGCAUCUUUAAAAAAUUAUAUUAUUAAAAUGUGUAUAU